CGCUCGAGCAGUUGCUCUCCCACCCCAAUCACUGUGUCAUGUCCACCCCUCGCGAGCCUCGGCGCGGCUAACCGUGAGCCUCUGCUGCUGCUGCGAGAGAGAGAGGAAAAAUCUUGCGAGAGCGCGGGGAGCGAUCGAUGGGGAACUGCCAGGCGGCGGAGGCGGCGACGGUGGUGAUCCAGCACCCGGGCGGGCGGGUGGAGCGGCUCUGCUUCUCGACCAGCGCCGCGGAGGUGAUGCGCGCCAACCCGGGCCACUACGUCGCGCUCGUCACGCUGCGGGUCGCGGAGGAGCGCCACGACGCCGAGGGCGGGGCGCGCCGCACCGUGCGGCUCACGCGCGUCAAGCUGCUCAAGCCCAAGGAGACCCUCCUCCUCGGCCACGCCUACCGCCUCAUCACUACCCACGAGGUGACCAAGGCGGUGCAGGCGAGGAAGGAGGAGAAGCUGAGGAAGGCGCAGCAGCAACUGCUGGAGUCGAGGCAGAAGCUGCAGAGCAAGGCACGCACAGCGCCAGCGACGGAGGCGGAGGCGGAGGACAACGAGAACAACAACUUCGACGACGAGGCGGCGUUGGACGCGAGUCUUGAUCAGUUGGCGCGUCAGGACAGAGACGGCAGCAACCGGAGCUCCAGCGCGCGGCACCGGCAGUGGCGGCCUUCGCUGCACAGCAUCGACGAGUCGGGCGGGAGCUGAUGCUCUGUCAACGUGUCAAGCACACAUAACACGACCACAAAAAUGGUUAAUAGUCGGAGAGGUGAAUCUGUAUUUUCGGUGUUCACCCGGCCUUAAUUAGCUUUGCAAAAAGGUUGGCGCGCUUGCACACUGUGAAGUUGAGUUUGACACAUCAGGAUGACAGGAGCUGCUCGGGGAACUCUAGCCUUGAAUCCGUGUAAAUUUUCAGGCUUUGAUGGGGGCCUUGUUAGUGAGAUUGCUUGUUUUCUUGGUACAUUUGCACCUCGAAUCAGAAUUCUGAACAUUGUUGAGACGCUCUGUACUUGGUGCUCUCCUGCAAAAGGGAGAGUCAAUCGAGCCGCACCUCAUGAUCAUAGCUUUUUGAGGAUGCUAAUGUAUUUAUACAAGUAUCAUUCUUGAUGCCAAAUUCACAAUCAUAAGCUCU